UUCCCCAUCGACGCUUGCCGCGGUAACUCUAUACGAUUUUCGUCAUGGUGCUGCUUACGAUCGCCCUGCUGGGCGUGGCACUGGCGAUAUUUUAUAACUUCUACCUUAAUGUGUACAACUACUGGGAUCGUCGGGGCGUACCCUUCGAGAGGCCCCUGCCGAUAUUGGGCAACAUGAGGGGCAUCGGCACGAGGUUGCAUUUCCGCGAUGUCAAUCAGAGACUCUACGAUCGCUUCAAGGGCAAGACGCCGAUCAUUGGCAUGUUCAUGUUCUUCAAGAGAGUCGCUGUAAUUGUCGACCUGGAUCUGAUCAAGCAGGUGCUGAUCAAGGACUUCAACACCUUUCAGGAUCGCGGCGUUUUCAGCAAUGUGCGCGAUGAGCCGCUUACGGGACACCUAUUUACGCUCGAGGGCGAUGAAUGGCGCUCCAUGAGACACAAAUUGACGCCCGUCUUCACCUCCGGCAAAAUGAAGCACAUGUUCGGCGUAGUCGUCGAUGUGGGUCAUCAUCUGGCCGACACCAUGGACAAAGCCGUAACUGCUGCUCGCGCCGACGGUGGCGAUGUGGAGAUCAAAGAGCUCUGUGCUCGCUUCACCACAGAUGUCAUUGGCACUUGCGCCUUUGGCCUCGAAUGCAACAGCCUGGCCGAUCCGCAUGCCGAGUUCCGUGCCAAGGGUCGCAUGCUGUUCGAAAAGCCGCGUCACCACCAGCUGGUGCAGGCCUUCAUAUUCACCAACUCGAAGCUAUCAAAAAAACUGCACAUGAAGGUGUUUCCCGAUGAUCUAUCGAAUUUCUUCAUGGAGGCUGUGCGGACGACAGUCGAUCAUCGACUCAAGCACGGCAUAAAGCGCAAUGAUUUCCUCGAUCAGCUGAUUGAGCUACGCGCUGAGAACGAGGAGGCGGCACGUCGUGGCAAUGGCAUCGAUCUCUCUCAAGGUCUGACCAUUGAGCAAAUGGCCGCCCAGGCUUUCGUUUUCUUCAUAGCCGGCUUUGAGACCUCCUCCAGCACAAUGGCUUUCUGUCUAUACGAACUGGCCCUGCAGCCGGAUGUGCAGCAGCGCCUGAGGGAGGAGAUCGAAACGGUGAUCAAGGAGACGGCAGAUGGACAGCUCACCUACGAUGCCAUUGGGCAGAUGAGCUAUUUGGAACAGGUGCUGGCAGAGACUCUGCGUAAGCAUCCGAUUCUGCCACAUUUAAUGCGACAAGCGAACCAGGAUUACAAAGUGCCUGGCACAGACCUGGUCAUUGAGCAGGACACAUCCGUUAUAAUUCCUGUACAUAGCAUACACCACGACCCAGAAAUUUAUCCAAACCCCGAGCGUUUCGAUCCAUCGCGCUUCGAGCCCGAUGCUAUUAAGGCGCGACACCAAUUCGCAUAUCUGCCAUUUGGAGAUGGACCCCGCAACUGCAUCGGCGAGCGCUUUGGCAAAAUGCAGGCCAAGAUCGGCCUCAUCUCCCUUCUACGUCGCUUUAAAUUUGGUGUAUCUAAGCGCACGGAGGUGCCGCUGAUUUUUAAUAACCGGAACUUUCCAUUAGCCACAAAAUAUGGCAUUCAUCUUAAGGUUGAACGUGUUUAAGAUAUCAAACAUGAUUUAUAUAUUGUACAGUAAAACUAAAUUGGAAUAACUUCUUUGACGAUGGAAAGACUUACUAUAUUUGUGUAAUUCUAGCAUACAAAUUAGCCGAGAUAUUACUAAUUUUGUUGAUGAUAAUGCAAAAAAGUAUUAUUGUAUCUUAAUGAUUAGAAAUAAUAAACUACAAAGUUCCUUUGGAGGGCCUUAGAUUUAACACACUAGAUAAUUAACUCAAGUAGGUUGUAAAGGCAACUGAAUGUCGAGAUACCAGGUAAGGGUCUGGAGUGAAUAUGUCUUAGUGAAAAGCCAUAUUGGCUAGUACUUCGUAAAUUCUAAUUUAAAGUCCAACCCAACAGUCUGCAAUUCAAUAAAUGUUACUCACCUGGGCAAGGAGUUUGCGUUCCCAGCUCAAGAGCGCUACUCCCCUUCAUAAGAGAGGUCGAGCAGCUCUUACGUUCCUUCAUUAUAAUUGUUAUUAAUCUUCCCAGCUGUUUCCAACUCAACACUAUUUGAACUAAAGACCAUUCCUUAAUCUGAAGAAAAUAAAAAUUUGUAAAA